AUGUUUCAGCGGGAAGAUCUAGGCAUGAUUCCGUCCAGUGAAAGUUUGAAAGACACUAUAGAACGCACACUUCCUAUGUGGUAUGAUCAGAUUGUGCCUGCUAUGAAACAAGGGAAAAGAGUGUUGAUUGUUGCCCAUGGCAACAGUCUGAGAGGAUUUGUCAAACAUUUGGACAAAAUAUCAGAUGAAGACAUUGUCAGUCUAGAGAUUCCUACAGGUAUUCCUUUAGCUUAUGAACUUGAUAAGAACUUUGAUGCUGUCAGACGAUACUACCUGGCAUCUGAUGAGGAGGUUGAGGCUGCUCAAGCUAAACUUGCAGCUCAGGGCAAGUCCAAGUAA